AUGAAGAGGUGGCUGUCCUUCUUCUCGGAGUACUUCUCCGUCGAGUACAAACCAGGACGACUUAAUGUCAUCGCUGAUGCUCUUUCACGUCGGCCCGAUUUCGAGCCGACUGCUCAACACAACAGUGGGGGUGAUCCCACUGUAGCGACACUCACAGUGAGUGUUCCGUCGUCGAAUGUGCUCGACGACGUGCGAUAA